AUGUCAUUUAUUACAAAUGCUAGAUCAAGAAAAUGUCCAAGAAAAAUGGUUUUUAGAAUGUGUAGAUAUUCAUGUCCUAGAACAUGUGAAAAGAAAUUUUAUGAGGAUAGGCAUUGUUAUUUUGAUUGUAUAAGACCAGGAUGUGAAUGUAAAAGAGGAUAUGUAUUAGCAAAAGAAAAUAAAUGUGUAAGAAGACACAAAUGCUACAAAUAUCUUACUACAACAACUAUGAAACCAACUACAACAGUUGAAUUAGUACCAUCUAAAGAAACAGAAAUUCCAAUCACAACAAGAGAACCUUCAUUAAUGUGUGCCAAUAAAAAUAAUUCACAUUACACUGAUUGUUUAUCAUCAUGUCCUCAAACAUGUUCCAACAUAGGAAAAGUAAAUGCAUGUAUAUUAAGAUGUAAUGGUCAUGGUUGUGAAUGCAAUGAAGGUUUCUAUUUAAAUAAAAAAGAUGAAUGUGUAAAACUUGAUGAAUGCCUUAAAGAUCCAAAUGAAGAAGUAUGUCCACCUAACAGUGAAUUUACAUAUUGUAAACCUAUUUGUCCUUUAACUUGUGACAUUUUUUCAUUAUUCAAAAGAAAAUCUUGUUCACUAAGAUGUGGAGGAAUUGGUUGUAAAUGCAAAGCUGGAUUCUAUUUAAAUAAGGAAGGUAAUUGUGUAAAAUUAAUUGAUUGCUUCAUACCGCAAACAACCACUAAACCACCUACACCAACAUGUCCAGAAAAUAUGGUUUUUUCUACAUGUACAAGCUCAUGCCCACCAAAAUGUUCUGUUGAAAAUGGAAAACCUCAAGAUUGCGUCUACAGAUGUAAUGCUCCAGGAUGUGAAUGUCUACCACCAUUUGCACUUGAUGAUCAUAAUAGAUGUAUUCCACGUGAAGAAUGUCCACAAUAUAAUGUCACAACAACUACAAGUCUAGCUCCAAUAUCAUGUCCAGCAAAUAUGGUUUACGUUACAUGCAGAAGCUAUUGCCCACCAAAAUGUUCUGUAGAAAAUGGAAAACUUCAACCUUGUAUUAAAAUGUGUCGUUCUCCAGGAUGUGAAUGUCAAGAACCAUUUGCUCUUAAUGAUCAAGGUGAAUGUAUAAAACGUGAAGAAUGUCCACAAUAUAAUGCCACAACAACAAGAAAACCAGCUCCAAUAUCAUGUCCGAAAAAUAUGGUUUAUAGUAUUUGCCCAAGCCCAUGCCCAUUAAAAUGUGAUGACAUAGAUCCAGGAUUUGUUAUUUGCCCUAAAAAAUGUCUUAAACCAGGAUGUGAAUGCCGAUAUCCAUUUCUUCUUAAUGAUAAAGGUGAAUGUGUUACAAUUGAAGAAUGUCCAGGGUAUGUAGGCACACCAACUACAAGUCCAGCUCCAAUAUCAUGUCCAGCAAAUAUGGUUUAUACUAAAUGCAGAAGCGCAUGCCCACCAAGAUGUUCUGUCGAAAAAGGAAAACCUCAACCUUGUAAGAAAAUUUGUCUUUCUCCAGGAUGUGAUUGUCUACCACCAUUUGCUCUUAAUGAUAAAGGUGAAUGUGUCUCACGUAGAGAAUGUCCAAAUUAUGAACUCACAACAACAACUAGUCUAACUCCAAUAACAUGUCCACCAAAUAUGGUAUUUUCUACAUGCACAAGCGCCUGCCCACCAAAAUGUUCUAUCGAAAAUGGAAAACCUCAACCUUGCAUUUUAAUGUGUCGUCCUGCAGGAUGUGAAUGCCGUGCUCCAUUUGCACUUGAUGAUCAAGGAAGAUGUAUACGACGUGAACAAUGCCCAGUAAAACCAACAUGUCCAGCAAAUAUGGUUUAUACAACAUGCAGAAGCGCAUGCCCACCAAAAUGUUCUGUAGAAAAUGGAAAACCUCAACCUUGUAUUUAUAUAUGUCUUUCACCAGGAUGUGAAUGCCGUGCUCCAUUUGCACUUGAUGAUCAAGGAAGAUGUAUACGACGUGAACAAUGCCCAGUGAAACCAACAUGUCCGAAAAAUAUGGUUUAUACUGAUUGCAGAAGCGCCUGCCCACCAAGAUGUGCAAUCGAAAAUGGAGUACCUCAACCUUGUGUUUAUAAAUGCCUUUCACCAGGAUGUGAAUGCCGUGCUCCAUUUGCUUUUAAUGAUAAAGGUGAAUGUGUACCACGUAGCGAAUGCCCAAUUAUACCAAAAUGCCCAAAAAAUAUGUUUUAUUCUACUUGCACAAGCUCAUGUCCUCCAAAAUGUUCUAUUGACAAUGGAAGACCUCAACCUUGCAACUUCAGAUGUAAUGCUCCAGGAUGUGAAUGUCUACCACCAUUUGCUCUUAAUGAUGAAGGAGAAUGUAUACCACGUAGCAAAUGCCCAGUUACACCAACAUGUCCGAAAAAUAUGGUUUAUACUGAUUGCAAAAGCUCAUGCCCACCAAAAUGUUCUGUCGAAAAUGGAAAACCUCAAGAUUGCGUCUACAGAUGUAAUGGUUCAGGAUGUGAAUGUCAAGCACCAUUUGCGCUUAAUGAAAAAGGUGAAUGUGUACCACGUAGCGAAUGCCCAAUUAUACCAAAAUGCCCAAAAAAUAUGUUUUAUUCUACUUGCACAAGCUCAUGUCCUCCAAAAUGUUCUAUUGACAAUGGAAGACCUCAACCUUGCAACUUCAGAUGUAAUGCUCCAGGAUGUGAAUGUCUACCACCAUUUGCUCUUAAUGAUGAAGGAGAAUGUAUACCACGUAGCAAAUGCCCAGUUACACCAACAUGUCCGAAAAAUAUGGUUUAUACUGAUUGCAAAAGCUCAUGCCCACCAAAAUGUUCUGUCGAAAAUGGAAAACCUCAAGAUUGCGUCUACAGAUGUAAUGGUUCAGGAUGUGAAUGUCAAGCACCAUUUGCGCUUAAUGAAAAAGGCGAUUGUGUACCACGUGCAGAAUGCUCAUCUACACCAACAUGUCCAGCUAAUAUGGUAUAUUCUACAUGCACAAGCUCAUGCCCACCAAGAUGCUCUAUCGACGAUGGAAAACCUCAAGAUUGUGUCUACAAAUGCAAUGCUCCAGGAUGCGAAUGUCUACCACCAUUUGCUCUUGAUGAUGACAAUAAUUGUGUACCAGUUGAAGAAUGUCUAACAAAUAUUACAAGCACAACAAAUAUAACAUUGCCUAAUAAAAGAGGAUAUAUAUUCCGUUAUAUCAAAAAAACUGUUCAAAAAAUUAUUUCUAUUAUAUCUUUAAGAUAA